CCCGCCAACACGUGUAAUGCCUUCCGUAAACUCUUAACGAGGCAUACAUAAUAAAAACAAACGUUGGAAAAAUAUUAAUAAUUGCCACUUACAAAUACACAGCUUCGCAAAGAAACCUAAUAUAAGAAAUUACAAGGAAAAUGUCAGCUGCGAGUGUUUAUCCUUCCUACCUAACACGACUAUAUGAAUUGGAAAUUGGACUUAAUCGAAACGUACAAAAGCAAAUGCGUAACACAGAACCCUUAUUACAAGAUGUUAAUACCUAUCUGGAUCCCCAAAUGAUUAUGGACGCCUGGUUGCCCUUGGUAGGGACUUUGAGCCAUAAACUGUUGGUUCGUAUGGCUGUCUCGGUUAGUUUGCUCAAUCUGUUGACUUCCUUAAUUAAAUGGAUUGCACCGGAACACCGUCCAAUCUGGUGGUUGAAGGAAUACAAUAGCCGUUAUAAGUUUAAAGGUUUCAAUACGGGGGCAAAUACGUGUGACACAAGCGCCGGGUUUCCUUCGAGUCAUUCGGUUACAUUUACUGCCUUUGCCUUCAUCUUCUUCCAUUGGCUUUUAUUAAAAUUGGGUAGACAAUGCCAUAUGAGCAAAGUGGAGAAGUGCGUUUUGACACAUGCUAUGGUCUCGUUACCAUUGAUUUUGCUGUGGUGUGGACGCUUAUAUUUCCUCACCGAAUUCCUGCAUCAGUGCAUUGGCGGCAGUAUUUUGGCAAUGGCUGGCAUACAUUUUCUUAAUCGUAAUACCGCAGUAUUGUUGAAAUUCUCCAAAUUAUGCGCUGUGAUGUUUGUGGUAGCAGCUGGUAUGCUGCCUUUGGGUAUAUAUUUUGCCAUGUUGCAUUUGGAUGAAGACCCCCAUUGGUCUGUAAGAAUGGCUUUCAAAUGGUGUUCAGAGGUUACUUCAAUGCGUCAUGAAGCAGGCCCCAUUUAUGUUCUCUUCCGUGACUAUGGUUAUUUAUUGGGAGUGGCAUUGUCCUGUCCAAUGCUUCAAAGUUACAAGAACGGCAAUAAUAAUAAUAUCUACAAACGUCUUCCCGCCACUCUGCUUUUGAUAUUUCUUAAUUUUACGGCCCUUCAGAAUACACCAAAACAUAUGGGACGUUGGGUCUUUCUGAUUUAUGAACUCGUUCGCAAUUGUGUGCAAUCUUACACACUUCUAUCGAUAUUUCCCAAAAUUUGUAAGUGAAUCUUCUGUUAAAUAAAUAAAACACACAUGAGCAAAACCUUUACAAA